AUGGUCCAGGCCGAGGACAAGCAGCUUGCAGUGACGAAGAAAUCCUGGAGACAAGCCGCGGUGCAAUAUCCAUUUCUUUUCCAUUGCCAGGUCAUGGGCGCUGCUGGGGCGGCAUUGAGCCUCUGCCAGGAUGAAGGGGUAGCCAAGUAUCUCUCCCUCAAGCGACUGGAGCACCAGAUGACGGCUAUCAAGCUCAUCCGGGAAGAGCUCCAGCUGAUCAACAGUGGGAUAUCGGAGCCGUCAGAUGAGCUGGUCAUGGCAAUCCUGAAUCUCGUCACCUCGUCAGGGGAUGUCAAUGAGUCACCCGGAGAGGAGGUACAUCCAAAGUCGCCGCUCGCACAGGCCCAACCUGUUGGAAGGGUCAAGUUGAACGAUACGCAUCUUCAAGCCGUACAUAUGCUCAUUCGACGCAAAGGAGGACUGCAGGGGCUGAGUUCAUAUGCUCUGGCCUACAUGAUCGAGGUUGUCGACAUCUAUGUGGCUGCUCUGAGGACCAGCCGUCCGCUUUACCCUUGGAUCCACGGACCCCAGGAUCUGGUCGCCAAGGGUAAGUGGACUCCAGAUCAGCAUGCGGAGGGGCUCUCAAAGGUCCUGGGUUCAGGGUUGGCGGUGCUGGCGGCCAUCGACGUCAGAAUACAUCGGCUGUACCUCGAAGUCUGUAAGAUCACCAUAGCCCUGGACCAGUAUCAACGAGGCGCGGAAGGUCGACCCUCCUUAGCCGAUCUCGUGGACGCGAGGAACAAGACCCAGCACGGCUUCUCGAGCCUGACUCCGGCAAAAGAGACCGACACGGGCGCCUUCGAAGCCCUUUACGAGAUCUGUAGACUUGUGGGUUUGAUUUUCUGCGAGAUGGUGAUCCUGCCUCUCCCCUACAACAGCGGCGUCAAGCCUCGCCUCUCCCGUCAACUUCGUACCGCCUUGGAGACUCCUAGUCUUCGCCCCUUUUGGAAAUCGACCAGCUACGGAGAACUGGUGAUGUGGGUUGUCUUCGUGGGAACAAUCGGAGCCACAUUCACCAAGUCUCGGCCAUGGUAUUUGCAGCAACUGCGAGGCUUGGUCGACGAUCGGCAGUUGGAUUGGGACGGAUUCAAAAGGCUCAUGGAGAGAUUCCUCUGGUGGGAUUUUGUGUUUGAGGUCCCUGCCGCCAGGAUGUGGAGGGAAAUGAAUGCAACGAAAUUGUGA